GAAUACAGACGGAUAUCCGACGGAGAAAGAAAUGCAUUUCAUACAGUAUUGCAGACGAUGAAAACGAAUGGUGAGUAUGACACGUUCGCCAACCUUCACCGCGGUAUUGUGGAAACGUCCGCCCAUCGGGGUCCAAAUUUUCUCGGGUGGCAUAGAGUCUAUCUAGCUUUAUUCGAGGAAGCAAUACGAAGAAUUAACAGGCAAAUUUCCCUUCCAUACUGGGACUCCACGCUUGACUUUGAUAUGGACAAUCCGGUAAACACAAUCCUGUUCUCAGCGGCGUUCUUUGGAAACGGUGACGGACAGGUUACCACGGGGCCAUUCGCAAACUGGGUAACUCCUAUUGGUCCGCUGACAAGAAAUAUCGGCGGCGGAAGUCAGCUGUUUUCCAAAGAGAUUAUUCGAAGUAUAAUGACGCGUUGUCGGACUCGCGAUAUCACCCGUCCUACUGCGUUACCUCAGUUCGACCUUGAAUUUUUCCACGGUGGUCCUCAUGUUUGGGUCGGUGGGCAGUUGUCUGGUCUGAACACAGCCGCCCACGAUCCCGUAUUUUUCCUACACCACGCAUGUGUAGACUACAUUUGGGAACUGUUUCGCAACCACCAAUUCUUUGACUGUCGAGUAGACCCAAGUUCAGAUUAUCCAGUGGUCACUGGUCAACAUCUCUCAACCAGAGCUAUGGACGGGUUGCCAGGAUAUCGCAAUAUUGAUGGUUAUCGCAACUACUGGACGCAAAACUGGUACAGAUACGAACGUUCUCCAACAUGUCCAGUUUGCAAUUCCCCAUAUUUAACAUGCAACCCGGCUCGCAAAGUGUGCGUGUCUAUUGAACGUACGCUCGCUCCUGACGAGGCAGUGACUGUUUCUAGAAUGGCUAUGGCAGCUGAUGGAAAUGCCUUAUCCCCGCAAGUUUCUCGAGCAAGAGCGCAAGUCGCAUUGCUCGAUAUUGGCACAGUUUUCGACGCUCCUCCAGCUGAACUAAGAACGCAGAUGGGUCAAGCAAGCGCGGUUCGUCGGAAGAGGGCCUUAAAGCAGUAUAAUAAGAUGUCUAACAUAGCUGGUGUAAACGAUUCACAACAGCAAAAUGGAGAAAAACGGCUUGAAGUAGGAGAACAGUUUCUUGCACCAGAAUCCGAUGGUCGUACAUCCGAUGUUUUGGGUAGGAAUAUUGCCAGUGGUGUAUUUUUAGGAAAAAAUGAUAAUAGCUCUAUGCAAGACGUGUACUCAGGAAAAGCCUUCCCAGUCGCACAACCGAUGUCACUAGUACCUGUACCGGUAUCGAAUACGUUAGAUUUAUAUAUGAAAAACCCUAGCUCUUACAUUACAAAAUCAUCGGCCUCUGACUGGCUGUUUGCUCCUGUUCAUCUGUUGUACAACGUUGUUGGAUAUGACACCAAUGCCCAGACUCCGAGUAUGAAAUGUCUGCCAUCUGACGCAAUAUCUACUUCUAUAAAAGUGUCUGCACAAGGGCUCAAUUAUUUGGGAGAAUACACCGACUUUGCCGUAGUAGACAUCAGUAAUACUCUUCCAUCUGCCAAUGCAAUCAUUGCCAUAAGAGCUCCAGAGGUCGGGCCAUCUAUUUCCAUGGUUACCGCAAGUCACGGAUGCGGGCUUAUGUGCAAGCCAAUGUGUUUCAACACUGAAACCGGACCAUCGUAUAAACCAUGCACAGGAAUAAUGUGGAUCAAACCAGAAGACGCAACUGCAUACGUACGAUCCUACGAUGAAGCUGCGGAAAGCCUUGCAAAAGGUGGGACAAUAUUCCCAAUAUUGUUCCAGUGUCACAAGGAAAGUCAAUCCCCUUGGAAGGGGCAAUAAACCACCCCAAUGUUGAUCAUUUUGUUUUCCGAGUUACACAAUAAACAUAUGAAUACAUAAGUCAGUUUUUCUCUAGUUUUAUGCCGGAAGUAAAACGAAUACAUAAUAAUUAAGCAUAAUGAAUGGUUUUAUUUCAAUACCUAUUAUUGUUGGGUGUUUGUAGUUGUAAUACAUUUGGAUUCUAUGAAAGACGUAAAGGAACGUUGUCAGAGUUAUUUCCUCAUGUUCUGAACAAGUGUAGUUUGUAAAAUGAGCAUUUAAACGUCGCCCAAUAUAAAAUCAAAAUACUUAGAAUAUUACUGGAUGGAAGACCGUUUUGAAUACCAGAUAUACUUUGAUCUUAUACCACAUACAAAUAAUGGAUUAUAGAGCGUAAAACUAACUUCUGUUCAGUCGGCGACACCUGGUUAUACAACUUUUUUUUUGUAUUCAAUUUCAUUUAUUAAUCAACAUAAACAAAAAAUAUAAGCUUUAUUUCCAUUAAAUAUUCUAAACAUGCUGUUAAUUUUGUUAGCUGGUGUGCGUACAUAUAUUUCAAAGAAUAGUUUCAUUUUUCUUGUUUUACUCUGUCGUUUAAACUUGUCCUUAAAUUGAAGACUUGAAUAUCGUAAGGCGCAAUAACGUCAAAUAAAUGAAGCAAAUCACUAAGCGUCUGCAUGUGUACACAUCAUCGUACCAUAAGCCAAACCUUCGGAUGUCAUCGAAUGAGGUCGUGCCGUAAACAUGUUGACAUCUUUUAAGUAUUUGUGGCUGUUGGACACAAUAUCACAAUCACAUUUUCUUAAACUAGAUAUCUUCCCUUGUGCAAUCACAGGUGGGUUAA